AUGGAGACUAAAUUUGAGAUGAGCUUAAUGGGUCCUAUCAAUUUUUUCCUUCGUUUAAAUAUUAGACAAAGUUUGGAGGGGAUUUUUAUCAACCAGGAAGCCUACACCAAGUCAUUACUUGCGAAAUUCGGAAUGGAAGAAGAUUCACGAGUCAAGGUUUCGAUGGCAUUCAGAACAAGGCUAACAGUGUCCUUGGACAAACCUGCAACGGAUAUUACUCUCUAUAGGCAGAUGAUUGGAUCAUUAAUGUAUCUAACUGCUUGUCGUUUGAACAUUAUGUUUGUUGUUUGUUAUCGUGCUAGGUUUCAGGUGAUUCCUUGUGAACCACACAUGACUGCUAUGAAGAAUACUCUGAGAUAUCUCAAAAGAUCAUCUUCUCUCAAAAUAUGGUAUUUGUCAAACUCCAGAUUCUUUGUGCAAGCCUUUUCGGAUGCUGAUCUAGGUGGAUGCAGUCUCGAUCGUAAAAGCACUUCUAUGGGAUGCCCAUUUCUAAAUGGAAAACUAGUAAGUUGGCAAUCAAAGAAACAAACUUGUGUGUCCCUAUCAAUUGCAGAAGCUGAAUACAUCGUAGCUGUAUCAUGCACUUCGCAAGUCGUCUGGAUACAAAUCCAACUUCGGGAGUAUGGCAUCAACAUAAAGAGGAUUCCACUCUAUUGUGACUCACAAAUUGCUAUUCGGAUUUGUCACAAACCAGUGCAACAUUACAAGACGAAACAUAUAGCACUGAGGUAUUACUUUAUAAAAGAUAACAUAGAAGAUGGGAACGUCGAGGUACAUUUUGUAAGAUCCUCUGACCAACUUGCUGACAUCUUCAUGAAAGUCUUACCUGAAAAAAUCUUCAAUUGUAUUCUUCAAGGCUUAGGAAUGAUAGAAGUAGAAUCUGUGCCACAUCUUCGUAAAAGGAAUACAUCACUUAAGUUUAGAAUCGGUCCGAUCCCUCGGAGGUACUCACAAUUCACUGUUCACACUUUGAAUGGGUCAGAGCACUCGGAGUGA